GUGGGGUCAGUGAGGUUUAAGCCUUGCAGCGGCUCCGUCGAAGAGUCUCUAUUAAAGAGUCGGCCAGGCAGGGAAGCUGGUUGGGUGAGAGCGGAGCGAAGGCCCAGUGAGGAGUUUCCUUCCUCUUUUCAAAUGUUGCCUUAGGCAUUUCGACAACCCACUGCUCCAUUCCCUGAGCAGCUCCCGCAGGCUUCGUCUGAGGAUCAUGUGGCUGUUGGUAGCCCUGUCGGUUCUGGCUACAGGAAAUGGGGGAAUUGCUGGUGCCCAGAAGUCUAGGCUGACCCUGCAUCCAAAGUGGGUCAAUAUGUUCACUGGGGACAAAGUGACCCUGAAAUGCGACGACCCCAAUUCACUGGGGAACAUCACCACCACCCAUUGGUUCCAUAACGGUACGGCCUUGGCGAUCCAGGCCCCCAGCUACAGCAUCCGGGCCGCCACCUUCGACGACACUGGGGAGUAUGAGUGCCAGAUGGGGGACUCCCAAAAGAGCGACUCCGUGUGGCUGGACGUGAGCCAAGAUUGGCUACUCCUGCAGACCUCCGGCCGGGUGUUCCUGGAGGGCGAACAUGUGCACUUGAGAUGCCGCAGCUGGAAGAACCAGAACUUGGUCAAGGUGACCUUCUACAAAGACCAAGGAAUAAUGAGGUUUUACAGCCACAAUUCCAGCAUCUUCAUCCCCCAUGCCACUCACAGUAACAGCGGGUCCUACUUCUGCAGGGGAUUCUUGGGCCAGGGAAUCUAUUCGUCUUUGCCUGUCAAAAUCACAGUCCGGGCUGAGGGCCAGCCUGCUUCAGGAGGCGAAGGUACAACCCCAUCUUCGCUCUGGAUCCACAUCUUUUUCUACUUGGCAGUGGGAAUCCUGUUUGCCAUUGACACGGGCCUGUAUGUCACUCUGCGGAAAAGGCUUUGCACCAGAGACAAAUAGGAAGAGUCCAGAAAGAAAUGAAGAGAGUGGGGCCCAUUAAGAUUUUUCUCCCGGAGGCCAAAAGCAGCACUGACAACAGGGGAAGGGAGCGAUCCAGCCCUUCUUUUCCCCUUCCUCCAGUUCAGGCCCCCAGGAGCCCCCAGAGGCUGCGGUCGAAGUCAACUCUUCCUUCCCUUCGAUCUUCUCACGGUAGCACUUCCGAAUCAAAACUCUUCCUCUUCCUCCCCGAGACUUUCCCAUCGCCGGAGACCCCGUCAACCUCCCUCCCUCCCUCCCUCCCAAGCCCGGAACCUCGGUAUUAUCCUCGACUCAUCGUUCAGCCCUCGCCUUCGAUCUUUCACCGAGUCCUGUCGGUUCUCCCUUUACAACGUCUCUGUCCCCUCCUCUUCACCUGAACUGUCACCACGUGGAUCCAAGCGCUUAUAUACCACUUGGCUGCAUCGGCCUCCUCACUGACCUCCCUACCUCGGGUGUCUCCCUACUCCAGUCCUCUGCUGCCCGGAUCAUUUUCCUCAAACAACAGUUCGACCCGGGCCUCCCCACCCCUCAAAAACCUCCAAACGCUGCCCAUUCAUCUCCAGAAAGUCUUUGCCAUUCGGAUCAGAUCUCUCAGAUCUCUCCCUCCUACCUUCCUUUCCUGAUUUCUUCUUUCAACCCAAUCUCCACACUUUGUUCCUCUCCCUUUAACGUGUUCACUAUACCUCCAUCUCAUCUGUCUCACCGCUGACCCCCUUUGCCCACAUCCUCCCUCUGGCCUGGGAC